GCCCAUCGCUGGUGUUACAGGCGGGCUUGCUGUAUGCAGUCAGUGUUAGAUGAACACGCUGCUGCUGCUGUUGAGGAGAUCGUAAACUCAGUUUUCUGUAUUUUUUAUUCUGUAUAUUUGUUUUCUCCGGCUGUACCGGACCGCCGCGCUCAGUAUGAGCGACCCGGGGAGAGAGUUCACCGAGCGGGAGUCGCGUUCACGCUCCAGGAGUCUGAGUCCGAGAGGCUCUCGCAAAUCCACCAGCCGCUCUCCUGCUCGCUCAAAGCAGGGCUCGCGCCACUCGCGCUCCAAAUCACACUCGCGCUCCAGGUCCAAGUCAGGUUCCCGUUCCCAUCGGAGCUCUCGGAGGCGUUAUUCCCGUUCCCGCUCUCGGUCUCGCUCUCGCCGCCGCCGCUCUCGCAGCCGCUCUUACAGCGGGGAGUCAAGGCGCAGGCGGAGCCACAGCCACUCUCCAAUGAGCAACCGCAGACGACACAUCGGAAACAGGGCGAACCCUGACCCCACCUGCUGUCUGGGUGUGUUUGGGCUGAGUCUGUACACCACAGAGAGAGACCUGCGGGAGGUUUUCUCCAAAUACGGUCCUCUGGCCGACGUCUGCAUCGUCUACGAUCAGCAGUCUCGCCGCUCGCGAGGCUUCGCCUUCGUUUACUUUGAAAACAGAGAAGAUUCACAGGAGGCCAAAGAGAGAGCCAAUGGGAUGGAGUUAGAUGGACGCAGAAUUCGGGUGGAUUUCUCCAUCACCAAGAGACCCCACACCCCCACCCCCGGCAUCUACAUGGGCCGACCCACAUAUGGUGGUGGUGGUGGUGGCGGCGGCAGUGGUGGAGGUGGAGGAGGAGGAGGUGGAGGAGGCCCCAGCAUGAGUCGGCGUCGGGACUAUGACCGAGGCUACGACCGUGGGUACGACAGAGGUUACGAUCGCUAUGAAAGCAGGGAUUAUUACAGCAGGUCUUACAGGAGAAGAUCCCCGUCUCCGUACUACAACCGGGGAGCAUACCGCUCCAGAUCCCGCUCUCGCUCCUACUCUCCCCGUCACUACUGAAGAUCAGACGUCCAAGUUUUGCCCUGAAGAUGAUAAUGAUGACCCUUUUUUAAUGUGUUUCAUAGCAAUGAGUUCAGUCUCUUUUCAGCUCAGUGAAAGUCACUUUAUGUAGCUGAGUUUAGGUUAAAACCAUGAACCUGUUCAGUAUAUUUUUUGUACUGUUUUUUUCCCCUUGUUUUAAUUUAGUUUGAGCCGUUCUGUGAUGUGCUGAGAGUCUGUGAAGGCUUUAGUGCCCCCCUGCCCUUCAAAUCCAUACCUGUGUGUUUUUAAAGUUAAAGUUGAUGAUGAUGAUGUUACAAUAAAUCCACUUUACACCACAAAA